AUGCUUGUCGACGAACUCUAUUCCGCUCUCCGCCAGUAUAAGGCGGACACAAAUUACAUAGCCACUUGGUUGGCGACGACAGCAAAGGCCCACGGCUCUAAAUUAGAGAACCUAGGCCCCCCCAAACCACCUGGCCGACCGAAGGGCAAAGCCCGCAAGCAAGCCAAACAGGCAUCAGACAAAUCCACCGAUCGCACAUAUGUGAUCGCUAUCAGAGACUUUGUUCCCCUAGCAGAGUACAUAAGCAACCAUAACCCACCCAUUCCGGUUCCAGAGUCCCUAGCAGCAUCUCUAAGACGUGCUAUCAAGUCACGCGGAGAAUUUGGCGGCCGUCUAAGAAAAUACGGUUAUGAUCUAGACGCUCUGGCAGAUGAUUCCCAUGAGCAUUUCGUGGGUAUUCUUGCAAGAGUCUGCAAUGUACUACGACCAAGGAUGACUUUUAAGCAAAAGCCUACCGAUAAACAAGACGCAUCUUGCGAUACUGCAAACGACUUUGCCAACUAUUUCGGCCAUUUGUCUAUCGAGGAACCGCCUGAGUCAUAUGAUAACGACUCUAAUAUUCCUACGCCGGAUUACGUCGAUAUGUCAAGUGGCCAGGGCCAGUAUAUCGCGGAAGAACAGACAACCCGUGAAGAUGCUCUGUUCGCAUUAUACAAAGUUGUCGGAGAUGUUUCCGAGAUAAAAAGACACAUAAUUGAGGCUUGGGGCCAAGUCUUCAUCAAAGAUGAAGAUUACACUUACUAUCCACUUACCAGUGCGGCAUUAUUUACUAGUCUUGGCAUCGAGCUUGCGAGAGACUUAUUCGAGGAGAUUACCGAGAUGUGUGAGAAGCAUGGCGGCAUUCGUCAUCUUCUUGAAGUCCUCUGUGCAGCAACGGCCUACGCCUCAGGACUACCCGAAGAGCAGAUCUGGGAGAAAGAUGAUGAGGGCGAGCAAUUGAAUUCUGCUUACAUGUAUUGCUUUGAAGAGCGAUAUUUAAUCACUCCGCUGGCAUUUUUGUCCGUAUACAUGGAAGGGAAAAGUCCGAUCUCGUGUGAUAUCAACGCAGCAGAUAUCUUCCCUCCCGAAAGCGAGUUAUCUGGCCGUGAGAAAGAGAUCGCUGAUGUCAUUCUUCUGCAUUGGUAUUUCAACGAAUCAAACCUCCACACUUCCAGUUGGGAGAUGGUAGCUCAAGACGAGGUGAUGAAAGCAUUGAAGAACAUACAUGAGCUUUCGUCGGAGCCGGUCCAUGUUGCAUUCGCAGGUCAAAUAUUUUUAGACCUGCACCAUCUAUACGGCAAAAACAUCCUUAAGGCAUCUGAACACAUGAUCCAGCAGAUGGGUUAUAUGCAAAAUGAGCUGCGGUGCUACAAAAGAUCCGGAAAUAGCCACCGUUGUAGCAACCAACAAACCAACAAGUCGAAGCACGAAAAUCUUGAAAAGAUUUCUACGUUGUUGGACAAAUUCAUUGCAGAAGUCAUAGCUCCUUCUAAAGAGUUUGCAAGAUGUAACCCUAUUCUCUGCGGACUAGCUUUGUUCUUCUUCCAGUCCGAAUUGGAGGAGUACGGGAUCGAUAUGCUUAACGCAGAUCCUACCGUGAUUACCAGCACCCAUCUGUAUAAUGCAUUAUGGCAAGAACAGGUGCUUAGCGAACCAUGGCCCGAUCUCGACGUUUUAAUGAUGAUUCUACCUAAAUCAUCAUUCUUCGUGGGCGAAGACCGGCCGUCGGCACUGGGGAGUUAUCAAAAAAGAUAUCUAUUACAACUAGGUAUCCCAGCGUCCGCUUUUGCACCUGAUUGCAAACGCCUGAAGAACAUCCAAGGCACUGUCAAACAACGACAGAUCAAACCGAGGAACGAAUUUAUGCGAUUAUUCUCUGAUAAAUACAAACCGAAGAAAAAUAUGACAUCAAGUCACUGGACGAAGAAAUUCGUCGAGAGCCUUCUGGAUGUCGCUACGCAUAAAGAAAUAUUUAGCGAGCUUGGGGAGUCUACCGGCAAUGUGAAAAGUCAUCAAAUAAUGAUGACAAGCGGUGAGGUUCGCCAGCGGAGUCGUUCUUUGAAGCACAGCACCCGGCCAUGUCUGUCUGUGAACGAUCUUCUUUUGGCAUUGAGAAAGUUGCUCUUGUCAGAAACGACUUGUUUCGUAUUCCCAUACUUGACAAUCCUCCGGACUGCUAGAGUAUGCUUAGAGAGAGUUCGAGACGCAUGUGAGCCUUUCCUAGAGAGGGCAUAUAUUGGGUACAACUGUGACGCCAAUCGACAUGACCAUUUCGUGUCCUGCCUCUUCGGUGCAGCGGUGAAAGGAAUAUCUUCAUCUGGUUCACGUAUCGAUUUAUUACGGGAAGCCGCAGCAGCCAUGAGUAAAUUCAUCGGUUCGGGGCCCAAUGAGCAGGUGGUAGCUGAAUUGAGGGAUUGGACGAAAAUCAAAGAGUUAUUCAUUGGAGGAAAUGAUGGAGACGAUGCCAAGGCCACCGAAGACGAUGAGAAGAUCCAUGAAUCAAAGGCUUAG